GGGGAACUAUUAGUGGGUGGGUUAUAUUUAGCUUGGUCCAAUGAAGUGCUAUGGCCCUAGUUACUUUCCAUUGCAGCCCUCACAGGAUCCUGGCUAUAACUCUUUGAUGUUUCAUGUGUUAAAAGAACAAUAAGGGAGUAUAGGGGAAAACUCUUUUUUUUAGUAUAAGGCAACCUGUGCAAAGGAAGUGAUAGCAGACUCAUGAAUGAAUCAUACUGUGCACAACUAGUGUGCAUCUAAGGACAUGUGUGGAUUUGAAUUUUUGGACAUCUGAAACCAAAAGGAAAAACUACUAACUUAUUUGGUCACUGUGCGUUACUUCUACUGUCAAGUGUUUAAAAAGAAAUGCGAUCUAGAAGCAAUAGCGUUGAAUGUCCACCUAUGACGUGCAAGCAAACAAAUGUCUACCAGUGUAUUAAUUCCGAUAAAGAGGACACCUCUGAUCUUGACAUCAAGGAAAGAAAAGGGGACAGGAAACAGAGAAGUUACAUGACUGAAACUGGCACAAUCCUAAGAAGUCGCAAAUCCGACUCAAAACACGGCUCUUCAAAAAAGGGAAAUGACCUCUCCCGAGAUGACUUACUAUUCCUUCUUAGUGUGCUGGAAGGAGAACUGGAAGCUCGAGAUGAGGUCAUAUCAGUGUUAAAGGCUGAAAAAAUUGACUUGGCUCUGCUGGAGGCUCAAUAUGGUUUUGUAACUCCAAAAAGAGUAUUGGAAGCUCUACAGAGAGAUGCAAUCCAAACUAAUGCUCCACAGUGGCAGGAAGAUAUCUAUGAAAAACCAAUGUGUGAGCUGGACAAGGUUAUUGAGAAACAUAAAGAGACUCACAAGAGGAUGCUGGAGCAGAUUUUAUUAGUAGAGAAGUCACAGAGACAAACAUUGUAUGAACUUGAAGAUGAAAAAAUAAAGCAUACAGAGUAUAUGGAUAAAAGUGAUGAAUUUACUCACUUACUGGAGCAGGAACGUGAAAGGUUGAAAAAGUUGAUUGAACAAGAAACAGCAUAUCAAGCUAAAAAGGAAAAAGAAAACCACAAGAAAAUAACCAAGCUUAGAGAUGAGCUCACAAAGUUGAAAUCGUUUGCAUUAAUUGUGGUCGAUGAGCAACAAAGGUUAACAGAGCAGUUAAAUUUGCAAAGUGAAAAGAACCUAGAACUUACAACAACAGUUCAACAAGUCCAAGAAAAACGUUCUAUAUUUGAAGUCAAGGCAGAAGAAGAGGAGCGAAAAGCAAACAAACUACAGACUGAACUCCAGGCUCAAGCAAGUAAAUUCUUUCAAGAACAAGAAGCCACAAUGGCAAAACUAACGGGUGAAGAAACUCAGAAUCGCCAGCUGAGAUUAAAGCUAGCAGCUUUAAGCAGACAAAUUGACGAGCUGGAGGAAACCAACAAAACUUUACGCAAAGCAGAGGAUGAGCUUCAUGAACUAAGGGAAAAAAUGAACAAGGGAGAAUGUGGAAACUCCAAUCUCAUGGCUGAAGUGGAAGAGCUUAGAAAACGCCUGCUAGAAAUGGAAGGCAAAGACGAGGAGCUUAUAAAAAUGGAAGAGCAAUGCAAAGAUUUGAAUAGGAAAUUAGAAAAAGAAUCAAAUCAAAGUAAAAGCCUUAAAGUUGACAUAGACAAAUUAAACAAAAGAAUUAUAGAGCUUGAAAAAUUAGAAGAUGCCUUUAACAAAAGCAAACAAGAAUGUUCUUCCAUUAAAUGUACGUUAGAAAAAGAACGAACAACCACAAAGCAAUUAACAAAUGAACUUGAAAGUUUAAAAGUUAGAAUCAGGGACUUAGAAGCUAUUGAAGUUAAGCUUGAGAAAACAGAAUGUAUACUAAAGGAAGAUCUAACCAAACUCAAAACAUUAACAGUGAUGCUUGUUGAAGAAAGGAAAACCCUGACAGACAAAAUCAAACAAACUGAAGAAAAAAUAAAAUACACCAACACACAAUUUCAGUUGGAGCAAAAUAAAGUUACAUCUGUUACAGAAAAACUGAUUGAAGAAAGUAAGAAAUCUCUCAAAUCAAAGGCAGAGUUACAAGAAAAAAUGCACAAUGUUACUAAAGAAAAUGAGGAACUAAGGAGCAAACUUCGGUCAGAGGAAGAAAAAGCCAGUGAUCUCAUGUCAAAAGUUGCCAUAUUAAAGAAAAAAAUACAGAGUUUAGAAUUGAUUGAAAAAGAAUUUCUAAAAACUAAAAUGAAGCAAGGAAGCACACAAUCUGAAAUGUUUUGUCAAGAAAAUAAUAAAAUAAAAGAACUCACUCAAGAAGUUGAAAGGCUUAAACACACACUUAAGCAAAUGAAAGCAAUGGAAGACGAUCUUAUGAAAACAGAAGAUGAGUUUGAAUCUUUAGAGAGAAGAUAUUUUAAUGAACAGCAAAAGGCAAAAAGGUUUUCAGAAGAACUCGAAGUUCUAAAAAUGGAAUUCACAAAUUACAAACUAGCAGAAAAAUCAGGGACUUUUCAGGAAAAAGUAUUGCUUACAAAACUUAAAGAGGAAGAAGCAAAGUCAGGUCAUCUUUCAAGGGAAGUGAGUGCUUUAAAAGAAAAGAUACAUGAAUACAUGAAAACAGAAGAUAAUAUUUGUCGUUUAAAGGGAGAUCAUUCCAUUCUUCAAAGAAAACUUAACCAACAAGAAAACAAAAACAAAGAGUUGACUAAAGAAAUUGAAAAUCUUUCAAAGGAACUGGAAAGGUAUCGCCGUUUUAGCAAAAGCCUACGGCCCAGUCUCAAUGGAAGGCGCAUUUCUGACUUUCAAGUGUUCUCAAAAGAAGUACAGACAGAUCCAGCAGAUAAUGAGCCUCCUGAUUACAAAAGCCUUGUUCCUUUGGAAAGAGCGGUUAUAAAUGGACAAUUGUAUCAAGAAAGUGAUACUGAAGAUGAAGAUACACAAGAUGAGGAUUCUGCUGUGGUUUUUAAAUGUAAUUCUUCAAAUGGAAACUCUUUAAAUAACACCAAACAAAGAGCGCCAUGGAGAAAAUUCAACCAGCAGCAGUCACAAAAUGGAAAAGUGCACUUAAAACAAAAUGGAAAUUAUAUAAAUCCAGGAGAUAUGGUGCUAACUCAUACACCUGGACAACCAUUACAUAUCAAAGUUACACCAGACCAUGGACAAAAUACAGCCACACUUGAAAUAACAAGUCCUACUAUUGAGAACCCACACUCCUUUACAAGCACUGCUGUAAUUCCAAACUGUGGUACUCCAAAACAAAGGAUAACAAUAAUACAAAAUGGUUCUUUAACCCCAGUGAAAUCAAAAAUAAUCGAUGGAUAUAUGACAACUGAACAAGUGAUGGCGCCAAUUGCUAUGACUUCUUUUGUCAGGCCUAGAACCCCUGACUCAUGUGGUUCUAUAACACCAGACAGAACUAUGUCCCCCAUUCAAGUACUAGCAUUAAAAGGUUCAUCAAGUUCUCCAGAUCGGGUGCUGUCUCCAGAGCCAAUGGAAAUCGGUGGCAGCCAUGCAAUCUUUCGAGUGUCACCUGACAAACAAGCUGGGUGGCAGUUACAAAGGUCUAAUAGUUCAAGUUCCAGCGUAAUAACUACUGAGGACAAUAAAAUACAUAUCCAUUUAGGAAGACCCACUAGUCCUUUCACUCCAGUACAAGAGAAAAGACCUUCACUAACAAAUGGAACCCCAAAUAAACCCACAAAUAAAAUUACCAGCAGUAUUACAAUAACACCAACAGCUACUCCACUAUCACGGCAAUCACAAAUUACAGUUUCAGAAGUCUCAUGUACCCCAGCUCCAUCUCGGAUACCAAAACCAAAGGCCACUACUGUAUCAAAACUACCUGUUAAAAAAAUUAUUGGAAAUCAAAAACUAGCACGAGACAUUGGCAGAGAUAAGUUACAUUUAUCAAAACCAGGCUCAACUCUUCCAAAUGGCACAAAACACUGAUGAUAAAAAAGCUGCUGCUACCAUAAAGUGUAAUCAUGAUUAAAUGCCAACUUACUUAACUAAACCAUGCAGAAAGAUGUCUUAUUUUUUUACUUUUUAUUUUAUUGCCUGUGUAUUGUUUUUGGAAAUUAUGGAUAAUAAUUUCUUGAAGGUUAGUAAAACAUUAAAGAAACUAAAAAAAAUAAUAAUCUGA